AUGAGUCUGCCAAUUGCUGAUCUGAAGAGAAAAGCCAUCCCGGGAGAAGUCGAUUGUUACCGAGACAGUUUUAAUUCAAAGAGUUCCGAGAGUAAGCAAAAAACGAUUGAUGACAAUAAAGAGGUGUGCAAGGAAUGGGCUGGAACUGAUUCUUACAGCGAUAAAGAUUCGUUCGGAUAUGGAGUUUGUUGUGACAUUUUUGAUCUUUGUGGCGGAAUGUCGGGCUGGGUCAUCCUCUUGAUAAUUCUUAUAAUUCUUCUCUGUUUGGCCGGUGCAGCUGCUGCAUUCUACUUCUUCUACUACAAAAGAAAAAUGAGUGGAACUGACCAAGAGGAAAUUGAGUCCGCUGACACAGUCAACUCUAAACAUGAUAUUUCGGUUGAGACUUAUUAA